AUGUUACGACAUAAUCCCUUGCAGCUGCCUUUGUUCUGCUAUGAAGACGGGCAGGUCGACCAGAUGAUUAAUCCCAUCAGGAAAGUGAAUUUAGUCCUUUAUUACCGUGAUUACGGACACAACACUAUGUUUUGCACAGCUGCAUCGCGGUUCGUGGGAAAAGAAAAAAUACGCGAUGACGUCGCGUGGGAAAAUUCCAAAUUCAUUUAUAAAUCUAACGUAUUCAUCCCGUUAUUAUUCAAUACUAAAAAUAAUUUAUUAUUUUUAGCAUUAGGACUAGGUCAAGGGAGACCUGGUUACGGUGGAACUGAACAGGAAUGGGGAACAAUAGAAAUUCGUCCAGGUGCUCACGCCUUCUGGUGGUUAUACUUCGUUAAUCCCCCCUCAAAGCCGACGAAUUUCGACGUUUUCAGCAGGCCCCUAAUAAUCUGGCUGCAGGGAGGACCUGGUUAUGGAGCUUCAGGAAUUGGAAAUUUUCUUGAGAUUGGUCCCCUUGAUAUGUAUGGGACCCCUCGAAAUACUACUUGGGUUAAUGACUACAAUGUUCUAUUUAUCGAUGCACCAGUUGGUGCAGGAUUCAGUUAUACUAAUUCUACGGAAGGAUUCAAUACUCAGGAUAGCGCGAUCGCUGAUGAUGUUAUCAGUGUCAUCAAAUUCUUCUUAGAGUUAUUCCCGAAAUAUCAAACGGUGCCAACAUACAUUAUUGGUCAGUCUUAUGGAGCCAAAAUAGCUGUUAAUGUUGCAUGGAAAUUGGAUCAGGGAAAUCGAAAAUUUCAGCACAAUCUGAAAGGCGUCGGACUUGGUGGCCCUGCAAUAUCAUCAUUAGACAUUUUACAAGCUGUUCCAUCUUUUGCGUUUCAUCUGGGUUUCAUAGACGCUAAACAGAGAGAUACCGUUCAAGAGGUAGUCGACAAGGUGACGGCUCCUGUGGAGCAGAAGAAAUGGGCAGAAGCGGUGGACAAGUGCGGUGAUGUCUUAACGAAAUUGUGGCAGUAUACUGAGCCCUUCGAUUAUACAAAUAUCCUCCUCAAACGUGAACCUAACUGGUCAUAUAACAAGAUAGUUAUGGAAAACACCGAGUUUAUGAAUAAAAACGUGAAAUCGGUGCUCAAUCUUACUAUUGAUUUUGGUGCACAAACAGAUUAUGUUUUUGAAGCUCUGUUGGGAGCAUAUAUGCAACCUGCAAUCGAUACUGUGAAACGAUUGUUGAACGAGACAGAUCUGAAAGUAGACAUAUACAGUGGCCAAUUGGAUUUUUCUGUUCCAACCACGUCAGUAGUUGGUUUGUUGGAUAGAAUGUUCAAGGAUGAUGACGGAUGGGCCAACGCUGACAGAACAAGACUAAUAGUUGACAAUAUUGUGGAAGGAUAUCAAAAACAUUAUAACAAUCUUAGCAUGUACUGGGUCUUCCGAGCAGGUCAUUGGGCACCACGAGAUAACCCAGCUGCUCUAAAAACAAUAUUACAAAACUUGAUCGGUUCCUGAAUUGAGUGAUCGAACAUUUCAGUUGUUAAUACCAGAAAUAUAUCGAAUUGAUUGAUGUAAUUGUUAUAAAGACUUCAGUUUUUGGAACCCUUUUUUCCGAAAUCCAUUUAUGUCGGGUAUUGAGGACCACUGUGUCUAACAAGACAGCGCAAGAGGCGAGUCGUCUAUCUCCACACCCUUAGUUGACCGUCACUAAUCGUGACAGGGUGCCACCACGUAACGAUGGAAAAUCAGUGUUAAAUAGUUGAUUACGAUUGUAUGGUUACGGAUCGUGAUAUUCGGAAUAAGGUAUUAAAAUACGACGAUAAUGAACUACGUAGAAAAGUAAAAACUGAGACUAAAAUUUAGGCUAGAUCAAACAGUUUAUUAUUGAUUAAAAAUGACUCAAUUUCGCGGAGACCCAGGGAAAAAACCGUCGGCGAGAAAACAGGAAGACAAGAGAGACAGAAGUAUACGGAUCAUUAUAAUUGAAACUUACAGUGAUUGGGGAAAUUGGAGGAAAUGAUCAGAAUGCGAAACUGAUGCUCUUGCUAGGGUUUGUCUGACAGAUAUGCGGCUGGUUCUACUAGGUUGUUAAUUGCAGAGGCGCAGAUGAAAUCAGCGCAAUGUCUUCUUGAUCCUGGAUCCCAAGCGAGGAUGUUGGU